GAGAGAGAGAUAGCGAGAGCGAGAGCAAGAGUGAGAGCAAGAAUGAGAGCGAGAGAGAGAGAGAGACAGAAUCCGAAGUAGGCUCCAGGCUCUGAACUGUCAGCACAGAGCCCAACGCAGGGCUCAAAGUCACAAACUGUAAGAUCAUGACUGAGCUAAAGUCGGACACUUAACCAAUUGGGCGACCCAGGCACCCCACAAGUGAAUGGAUUUUAAAAGUCAUAAAAUGAUCUGUAAGUCUGUUUGCUUUGUGCUCCAAAUGUUGACCUUACUGCCUACCAGACCAAAUCAAACCAAACCUGCUCCAUAAUUACUGGGUACAUUUGAAUUCUUAAGCAGUUAGACUCCUGGGGCUGAGCUGUUUACUGGACAACUGUUUGUGAACAGUGAGCUUGUACUUCUCUAGUGUGUAAGGAGCCAGCAGCCCACAGAUAGCAGCUCUCUGUGUUUGGAGAAACAACAAGACAGACGUUGCCCUGGCAAGAAUGAAGAUUUUUUGAUCUUAUAGACCAAGCGCAGACAAACACCUAAAAACCUAAUAUGAUAAAGAGCUCUUUAGGAUAAUUAAAGCUCUCCACUUCCGAAGAAAGGAGUCCCUUUUUCUUACUCUUAUGACCCCACUCCUCUUUAGAAAAACAAACAAACUCAUUUCUGGGCAAGGGUGAAUAGAUCUUUGUUCCACUAUUUAACUGUUUUUAAAACAACUCAAACCUGACUCUGAGGCCCUAGCCUGGUGUAAAUGAACUUUCAGUUGAUAUGGGUGGGCCCCUCUUGCCACAAACAGAUUUGCAAAGGACCCACAUACAACUCAGGAGGUCCCUCUAGUGGGGGUGAUCCAUGUUUGGGUCUGGUUCCAUGGUGGCUUGAAGUCUGGUGACUCUGCUAGUACUUUAAGCAAGGGAAACUGGGACCCAGGGCCCAGGCCUCUUCUCCACAGCUCCCCGUAUCCUAUCUCCAACUCAGGGGAGUGCUGUAAGAGGUGGUUCAAUUGAGGUGAGGCAGCUAUAGGUCCUGCUACUUGGGGAGCCCACACUUCUUUCCUUGUGGUAUAUCUUCCUGUUUACCACACUCCUCUUUCCUUUCUCUCUGUCCCCCAUACUGUUGUAUCCUUUCUCUGGAAACUCUCAGGACACCCAAGAUGGCAUCAUGCACACAGAGAGUGCUUGUGUUGGUUCAGGUCCUCGAAGAAGGAGAUGCUAGGACAGGAACAGAUUCUCUAAGGGAAAAUAGGGAAAGAGCUGAGGGGGGCUGGGAGAGCAUUUGGACUGCAAUGCUAUCUGUGUAGGGGAAAGGGUGGGGAGAUUUUGUAGAAAGAGUCUCAGACUACACCCCAGUACUAGAAGAUUUUGUAAGAACAAUGGGGAGUCCUGGAGCCAGUUGCCUAUCAGAGGCAUCCCACCUCUUGCAGGAAAGGGCCUGCCUUCUAUCCCUGCUGUGUUCAGUGUUUGGUGGGAAGCAGCCUGUGGGAAGGUAGUACUCCAGCCAAAAUCCUGGUGCAUUCAGAGCAUAUCAGCUGGGAUUUUCUUUAAUUAAGCUCCUCAAGACUCCAUGGUGCCUGAAAAUGUUAGUCUGUGUUACUCUUCAUCCAAAGCACGUGACUGAUUAUAGAGAAAUGCUAAGCUUAUAGCUUGUAACAAUUUUAUUACUAGCAGUAAUAGUAGUACUUACCAUUUACAGAAAGCUCUUUUAUGUACCAGGCACUGCACUAAAUAAUUUAUGUGCAUACUGUGUCAUUUAAUCACUAAAACAACCCUAUGAGAUAGCUAUGAUCAUUAGCCCAUUUUAGAAAUGGGUGUUGUUAUGGACUGAAUUGUGUUCCCCCCAAAUUCAUAUGUUGAAGUCUUAACCCCCAGUGCCUCAGAAUAUGACUGUUUUUGGAGAUAGGCUCUUUAAAAAGGUAAUUAAAAAAAUCAUUAUUUCACUAUAUGCUAACUAACUUGGAUGUAAAUUAAAAAGUAAAUUAAAAAAAAGGUAAUUAAAAAGAGAGAGAGUGAGAGGGAGACUCUUAACUAUAGAGAACAAACUGAUGGUUACCAGAGGGGAGAGUGGGAGGGGGAAUGGUUGAAAUAGGUGAAAGGGAUUAAGCAUACACUUACCUUGAUGAGCCCUGAGUAAUAUAUAGAAUUGUUGAAUCACUAUAUUGUACACCUGAAACUAAUAUGACACUGUAUGUUAACUAUACUGGAGUCAAAAUGAAAAGCUUAGCAAAAGAAUAAAUAAAAGAAUGCAGAGAUAAAACAAACAAAAGAAUACAAAGAUUAAACAAACAAACAAACAAAAUAGGUAAUUAAGUUAAAAUGUAGUCUUUAGGGUGGGUCCUAAUCCAAAUGACUGGUGUUAUAUGAAAAGGACAUUUGGGCACAGAGAUAUGCAGAGGGAAGGUAAUGUGGAGACAGCCAUCUGCAGGCCAAGGAGAGAGGCCUUAGGAAAAACCAAUCCUGCCGUCACCUUGACCUUGGACUUCUGGCCUCCAGAACUGUGAAAAAAUAAAGUUUUGUUGUUUGAGCCACUCGGUGUGUGGUACUUUGUUAUGGCAGCUCUGGCAAACUAAUACCAGCAUAUUGUGGGUUAGAAUGCUCAAGUGGCUUGGCCAAAGUCACAGGCUAGCACAUGGGAGAAAUAGCACUCAGUUGCUCUCAUUCCAGAGUCCAUUCCCUUACUUUCCUCUACUUGGGUUGUUCAGGGUGGCUUGGGCAAGGGCCACAAAGUCAUGGAAUGUAGAUGGCAAGGUGACUCAGGAAGAUCACUGAGGCAGAACAUAGCCUGGCAAGCUGGGAACACCCAUGAGAGGGAACCAGGAGACCUGAUAGGAGAAAACCUUUCCACCUUGCCUCUACCCUCUUCUGGCUGUGUGGUCUUGGCCAAUCCACUCCUGCUUUCUGGACUAGAGUUACAUUUGUGCCAAAUGGAAGUAUUAGCCUUCCUAUGUCUCACUGAACUGUUUUAACCAUAAUGAAAUCAUUAUAUGAAAGUGUGGGGAGAGAGAACUGAAUUUGCUUUAUACAAAUAUUAGUGUGGUUGUAUAUUAUCCCUGUUUUAGCAAAUACUAAGAGUACUAUAGUAAUAAUCUGUCAACAUUAGAGCAUUAGUUUUCCAUGCUAUUCAAAUUAUAUAUAUUCUGAUGCCAGAAAUUCAUGGAGAACACUGGGGCUGCACAUUAUGCAGAGUCCUAGGACUCUUAGACAUCAAUGUAAAUGGCAAUACAUGGCAUCAAUGCUCAGUCUAGCAUAAUGGACUAUUAAAUGUUUGUGAGGAUUAAUAUAAUAAAAGUAGCUGGUAUAUAUUGAGUUUUUACAUGUGUUAAGUUCUGUUCUACGUGAUCUAAAUAUAAUAAUCCACUUAUGACAAUCCUGAGCAGAACCCCACAAAGAAGAAACUAUUUUUAUAAUUCCUAGGUUACAGAUGAAGAAACUGAAGCCCAGACAUGUUAACUAGACCAAAGUCACACAGUUAAAAAAAUCGAUGGGACCAAUGAUGAAGAAGAUAACACUGAGCUGAAUGAAGAAGGAAGGCCAGUGCAGACUUCCAGGCAGAGGCCCCCACUCUGCAACUGCCACUGCUGUGGCAUCCCCAAGCGUUACAUCAUUGCCAUUAUGAGUGGGCUGGGAUUCUGCAUUUCCUUUGGGAUUCGCUGCAAUCUUGGAGUUGCCAUUGUGGAAAUGGUCAACAACAGCACUGUAUAUGUUGACGGAAAACCAGAAAUUCAGACAGCACAGUUUAAUUGGGAUCCAGAGACAGUGGGCCUUAUCCAUGGAUCUUUUUUCUGGGGUUAUAUUGUGACACAAAUUCCAGGUGGUUUCAUUUCAAAUAAGUUUGCUGCUAACAGGGUCUUUGGAGCUGCCAUCUUCUUAACAUCAACCUUGAACAUGUUCAUCCCUUCUGCAGCCAGAGUGCAUUACGGCUGUGUCAUGGGUGUCAGAAUUUUGCAAGGUCUAGUGGAGGGUGUGACUUACCCAGCCUGCCACGGGAUGUGGAGUAAGUGGGCACCACCUUUGGAGAGAAGCCGACUGGCCACAACCUCUUUUUGUGGUUCCUAUGCGGGGGCAGUGAUUGCCAUGCCUCUGGCUGGGGUGUUGGUACAGUACAUUGGAUGGGCCUCUGUCUUUUAUAUUUAUGGUAUGUUUGGGAUUAUUUGGUACACAUUUUGGCUGCUGCAGGCCUAUGAAUGUCCCGCUGCUCACCCAACAAUAUCCAGUGAGGAGAGGACCUACAUAGAGACAAGUAUAGGAGAAGGAGCCAACGUGGUUAGUCUCAGUAAAUUUAACACACCAUGGAAAAAAUUUUUCACAUCGUUGCCAGUUUAUGCAAUCAUUGUGGCAAAUUUUUGCAGAAGCUGGACCUUUUAUUUGCUGUUAAUAAGUCAGCCUGCUUAUUUUGAAGAGGUCUUUGGAUUUGCAAUAAGUAAGGUGGGUCUCUUGUCAGCAGUCCCACACAUGGUUAUGACCAUCAUUGUGCCGAUUGGAGGACAAUUGGCUGAUUAUUUAAGAAGCAGAAAAAUUUUGACCACAACUGCUGUCAGAAAAAUCAUGAACUGUGGAGGUUUUGGCAUGGAGGCAACCUUACUCCUGGUGGUUGGCUUUUCCCAUACCAAAGGGGUGGCCAUCUCCUUUCUGGUGCUUGCUGUAGGAUUUAGUGGCUUUGCUAUUUCAGGUUUUAACGUCAACCACCUGGACAUUGCCCCACGCUAUGCUAGCAUUCUCAUGGGGAUCUCAAAUGGAGUGGGAACUCUCUCUGGAAUGGUCUGUCCCCUCAUUGUCGGUGCAAUGACCAAGCACAAGACUCGUGAGGAAUGGCAGAAUGUGUUCCUCAUAGCUGCCCUGGUGCACUACAGUGGCGUGAUCUUCUAUGGGGUCUUUGCUUCUGGGGAGAAACAGGAAUGGGCUGACCCUGAGAAUCUCUCUGAGGAGAAGUGUGGAAUCAUUGACCAAGAUGAGUUAGCUGAGGAGACAGAACUCAACCAUGAGAGUUUUGCAAGUCCCAAAAAGAAGAUGUCUUAUGGUGCCACCACCCAGAAUUGUGAAGUCCAGAAGGAGAAAUGGAGAGGACAGAGAGGAGUGACCCUCCAUGAGGAAGAGCUGACAUCCUACCAGAAUGAAGAGGGAAACUUCUCAGACACAGCCUAGUGUCUGAAGGGCACUUCCAUCUUCUCCUCACCUUAGAACCAGAAAGUAUCUAUACCUAUUACCUUCCCCAUAGCCUGGCUUGCUGGAGAGUCAAUAUGGGGACACUGGAGGUAGGAGGGGGAGGAAAGGAAACCUGACCAGCAAUAGAGAAGAGAAAAGAAAAAUAUCUUGCAAUGACACUUAUGGGUAUGGAGCUUGCUCUCAGUUGACAAAAUGGGUAUAAAAAUAUAAUAUUUUUGGAUUGUCAGUAGACUCUUCUCAAAGAAGAGUUCUUAAAGUUCAGUUCUCAAAGCUCUGAACUUAUUCAGAAAGGAAUGACUAGAAGAAUAAGGGAGACAAUACCAUGCGAUGCAAAGAAAAAUCGAAGGAAUUGAGCAUAUUUGGCCUGGAGCGGAGAAAACAAGAGCUGUCAUCACAUUUCUGAGGGCAGCCACGCAGAAGAGGGUUUCCUAUUCCUAAUAAAGGCUACUGCUCAUGGGGACCCUGCAUCGUGCCAGGAGCUUUAUAAACAUUCUCAUUUCAUUUCCACACCUCUAUGACAUACAUUUAUUAUCUUCAUUUUACAACUAAGGAAGCUAAAGCAACACAAUAUUGAUUUGUCUGAGGGCCAGGGCUGAGAUUCACAGGGUCCAAAAUAGGUGGCAGUCUUGGGGAAGAAGUUUUCACCUCAGUAUAGAGAAGACACAUUUUUUUAAUAAUGAAAACUGAAAAUGGAGAGGGUGGUCUUGUGGAUAAUUCCCUAUUUUGGCAGGCAUGGAGAAUGGGAAACAUCUGCCAUAUCAACAUCUGGUUUGAUAUGGCAGAAAGCAUUGUCAUUGUAGCAGGGGCUGGAUUCAAAGAUCCUGGGUUCAGAGAGAGGUUAGACCAUAAAAAAGAAAAGAAAAGAACACAAAAAGAAAAUAAAAAGGAAAGAAAGAAAAGGAACAAUGAAAAGGGAAAAAGCUGAAUAAGAUGGCUAAAUUUCUAAGAACCUGGUGUCCAGAAUGGCUGAGAAGAAGUAAACAAGGGUUUGGCUGAAUUUCAACCCUUCAAAAUAUCAAGAAUUUAGUUAACUAAAUAAUGUCCCAAAUUACUUAUACAUCUUUAAGACAUUUAGUAAUUUAAUAAAUUGGUUCACGUGUUUUAUUAGGUAAAAUUCUCUUGAAAGAGUCUUCUGUUUUAAAAAAUGUAUGUCUUUAGACAUUUCUGCUGGUCAUAUUUGGAAGUUUGAUCAAACUACGCACAACUAUGAUUGAAGUAUUCCUAAUGAGUGUAUUUGGAAUGUUACUGAGGAAAACCAUAAUAAUAUGGCAGUAAUUAUAUAGGGAAAUGAAAUGAGAGCAUGACAGAAAACACCUGUGACAACUAGACCAACAGUGCUGAAAAAUUCAUCUUUGAUCACAUAAGGCAAUAGCAUGGAUACUCUCUGGAUAAAUCUUAAAAUUUAAUGACAUUAAAAAAAUUUAAAUUGGCGCAUAAAGGAUUGUUUGAAAAUAAAAUUAUUUUCCUGUUUAUUGGUUUGAAAUUUUCAUUUCUACUUUUGGAAGAAAAAUAUAAUAUUAAAGAAAAAAUUAGCUUUACUUGUAGCUUAUUAUUAUAAAGUGUUUUUUGUAAUUUCUUCUAUAUACAUUUCUGGUCCCUUAUUGUACCAGCAGAGUUGUAGUGUAUUUUUAAAAAAGAAUAAUUUUGAGAGUAAAAAGGAAUUGCCUGACUCUCUAGUAAAUAAUAUCCAAUAUAUCAUUGUAUAUAAUUUAUGUUAUUAUAUACUUUUAAAUGUAUUUCAUGGGUGAAUGCAUGUAAGUCCCAUAGAACAGUUCCUGGCAUGUAGAAAGUGCUCAAUAAACAUUAGCUAUCAUCUUGCAACCUUUUUUGGGACUCUUCUGUUGAAGAAAAAGCAUGCUAUAUAAUUUUCAUCCCUAAGCCAGAAUUUAUUGUGAAACUCGUGCUGUUUUCUAAGUAAAAAAAAAA